AUGAUCAGAUGGGCUGCUGGAGGGAGUAAGGCUGCCUCUGCCUCGUCCUGCUCCGGGGCCAGGUUAGGGGCUCACUCUGGCUCUGGGACAAGCUCCAGACUAAAGUCGUCCACACUGCCUUCCUCCCUGGCUUUGCCUCUCCUGUUUGCCCUGGUGGUCUUCUCCUUCUCCCUGCCCGGGGCGGUCUGCCAUCAGUCCCGCAGAGACAGACAGAGGCUUUCCAUCCCGCGAGCUCUCAGGGUCCCGCUGAAUGUUUCUGAGACUGAGGUUGAGUUUAGGCCCGGGACCACUGGGGGUCCCCUAGGUCGGACUGGUGGGCCGCAAGGCAGGCAUGUGCGCAGCUACAACCACCUACAAGGGGACAUACGGAGGAGGAAGCUCUUCUCUUUCCAGAAGUUUUUCCUGAGGAUUGAUAAGAAUGGAACAGUCAAUGGGACCAAGAGCAAAGACGACCCCCUCAGUAUUCUGGAAAUCACUUCGGUGGACGUUGGAGUGGUGGCCAUCAAAGGGCUGAGCAGUAACUACUAUCUGGCUAUCAGCAGGAAGGGAGAGCUGUAUGGAGCGAGGGAGUUUGGCGUCGACUGCACCCUGAAGGAGCGGAUCGAGGAGAACGGCUACAACACGUAUGCAUCAGCUAAGUGGAGGAACAAGAAGCGGCAGAUGUUUGUGGGUCUGAAUGUCCAUGGGAGGCCACUGAGAGGGAAGAAAACCCGCAGGAAGAACACAGCCACCCACUUCUUACCAAUCAUGGUGUGA